UCUUUCACGUUUGCGCCCGCACACACUCGUUCACGCUGCGAGGGGAAGUGUCAUUUUUGACAAGAAAUGGUUACGCUGUUACCCUGGUGGUGCUCGCUCGGAACCGAAGGAUGAGAGGACCGUCGACAUAUUAGGAAACGGGCAGAUAUCCAUCUAAAACCUACAAUCAUAGAGAAACCAGCACUUGUCUGCUGUGGUGACAGAGGACAACUUGUUCCCUUCUUUGCUGAGAAUAGUGAAACAGAGGAGGAACCUGGUCUCUCCCCACUGUCUCUUCUGAGGACAGAAAUCAACGCCACUAUCUCACACCACUGGUCUGGUCUCUCUCCCUGCCCCAAUCUGGUGUCUCCUCUUCCUCCCCCUUUUGGCUCCCCCUCUCUCUUCCCAGCUGUGAAGAGGCCAUGGGCUGUGGAGGCAGCAGGACAGAUGCCCUGGAGCCGCGGUACCUGGAGAGCUGGACCAAGGAGACCGAGUCCACCUGGUUGACCAGCACGGACACAGACAUCCCUCUGUCCUCCAUUCAGAGCAUCCACAUCCCUUCUGAGAACUCGUCUGACAGCUUGGUCUCUGAGAAGACCCUCACCCCCAUUGUAGAUCUCUUUGAUGAUGGUCUGCCCGCUCCUGCACAAGCCUACCUGAAGGUCUGCUCUGCCAUGUCUGAAGCCUGCCUGGAUGAAGCAAAGCCAAAUGCCACCCCUGCAAUAUUACCCUCCCAACACCAGAAGGCGCUGCAGUCCCCACCUGUUACCACUGUACAACGAAGAAGUGUCCUACAUACUGAAGAGAUAACCAAAUGGCAGGACAACAGGAUGUCCACUAAGCAGGUGACCAUUACAGUGACCCAGAGCAUCAGACAGGUGGACAAGAGAGGGAAAAUCAAGAGGAAGUCCCUCACCACCUUCGAGAUCAUGAAACCUGUUGAUGCCCUGAAAGACAUUGUAGGAACGGCAGGAAAUAAUACUGAAGGUUCACUAAGUACUGUCCUAAAGAGGGGGAGCAAGGGACCAAAGACUGCAUGAUCCUGAACACUGUGUCGGAGACAAAUGAAGCUGAACUACUAGGACUAUAAAGAGAAACUAGUUCUCUUCACGCAUACUAAAAGUUGAACACUGUGUCAGAGACAAAAGAAGCUGAACUACUUGGACUGUAAAGAGAAGCAAGUUCUCUACCUACGCAUACCAGAUGCUGAUUGGAGUACCUACAGGAUAAGGUUUAUGACUGUAUGUUUUAUAAGCUGGUUUCUGACCAAUAUGUUUUAAAGAGGACAUUUGAGCUGCUAGGAACUGAGCUCUACCAUCUAUUUGUAAAACAUGUCUAGCUAGUUUUGUAAUAUUCUCAUACAAGUCACUUGGUGGAAUUUGAGUGCCAUGUAAGUAUUCCAGUACAUCUCUAUUGUGAGCUCUAUGUGAAGUGAGAUUCAUUCGAAAUUAGAGCCAAACAAGUUAAACAGCUUUAACCAAGACUAUGAUCAUUAAACAUGAGCAGUAGUUGGG